CGUGUGUUUGUUCGAUUUUUUUACUUUAUUUUCCUGAAAAUAAAUAUUUCCUUUGACAAAAAAAAGUUGCUUUGCUAAAUUUCCAUAGUAAUUGUCCUUCAAAUAGAAAUAAAAAAGCCCGCCCUUAGUUAUGACUGACGAUUUUUUGAAUAAACCAUUAUUAAGUCCUUCACAAGACUUUGAUGAACCCAAAUCGAGUCGUUCUACAAGUUUGUCAACACCCCUUACAGGUUUCAGCGCGCCGAUAUCACCGUAUUUAAAUUAUGACCCGCGUUUCUUGCAACAAGUCCAGCCAGAGUUCAUAUUCCCAGAAGGAGCUACCAAACAAAGAGGACGCUUUGAAUUGGCUUUUUCACAGAUUGGAACGUCAGUGAUGGCAGGAGCCGGAGUUGGUGGAAUGGCCGGUUUUUAUAAUGGCCUCAAAACUACCACAGCUUUGAAGCAAAGUGGCAAAUUAUGGAGAACUCAAAUGUUAAAUCAUGUGAUGAAACAAGGUUCAGGUACAGCCAAUACUUUAGGUACUCUGGCUGUUAUGUAUUCGGCUUUCGGCGUACUACUACAAAAUAUACGCGGUGAGGACGAUGAUCUAAACACUAUUUUAGCUGGCACAGCAACUGGAUUUCUCUACAAAUCCACAGCUGGACUAAAAAAAUGUGCGUUAGGCGGCGCUCUAGGCCUCGGCAUAACAAGUCUUUACUGUCUUUUCCAAAUGACACGAUCGUCUGGAUCAAGUGAUAGUUCUAUGAAAUUCUUUUAAAUUGAAAGAAGACUGUUAUUCUAUAAAAUCUUUCGAGCUAAGGACGGAUAUUUCUUCGACAUUUUUAUGCUUUUUAUUGGUGGUAGUAACGCACAAGUGUUUUGUGAGUUACCGUUAUUCCUUUUUAAGUAGAACAAACACAAUAUGAUCUGAGUAAAGGAA